AUGUUUACAUCUAGCGAACCAACAACACCCAAAGCUGCUCAUCAAAAAAGUCGGGAUUCGCCGUCGAUUGUAUCCGAACAGCAAUCUUACAAACACAUUGAUACCACAGCAUUGAUCAAUAACAACAGUUCCUCGAGCCUCGACGAAGUAUUAGAAGCUGUUUCCACUCGUGUGUCAAGCACAAUCAUCGCAGGAUCUCUCACUGUGAAAAAUCAAAAAGAAGCACAUCAUCAUAGCAGUAAUAAGAAUGCCAUGCUCAAAGCACAUGAAAUAAUUUCCAUACAAGACCGAGUUCCAGUGAAAUCAAUUCGAGUUGAGCGAGAUUAUUCUCUGGGAGAUGGCAUCACUCGCUUUAGCACACAAUAUCCAGUUGAAUUAGAGGGAAAAAUUACAACGGAACAAUUUCUUCAUACAAUAAACGAGAUCAACAUCAUCAUGGAUUACGCCGAUAGACUGUCAUGGAGGAUCGUGCUUGAGAACAUCAUUGAAACACUCACCAUAUAUCUAUGGCCUAUUCUAUUUUCAACACAUUAUCAAAGAGUUGUGAAACGAUUGUUAGCAUUUAUUGAAUCAGAGAAUUCCACUAUUUAUUAUCCACACUCAUUAUCCAUAUCAAAUCCUGUCAAAUCAGCGUUUCUUUUUAUUGAAAUCAACUUUUAUGAAUAG